AUUUCUAGCAACACACGCCAGUUCAACAGUCAAACGUAGUGAUUAUAUGCUCUUUGAUUAUAUGCUCUUUGCAAGCAAAAAAACCCAAAAUUAAAAAGCAAAUUUAUUAUUCCCGUGUUUUAAGGAAAAUAAUGUACUCCGUUCACGCCUAACCUAAGGUCACCUUACGUAAGAUUGGCUCAGUUAACUUUAAAACUAUGGGCAAUCAAGUAUCUGCUGAUACCGGCGUUAACCUAAAGGCUCCAGUAAACAACGCCAAUCCGCCACCAGAAUGUCCUAUGCACAAAAAAGAAGAAAGCGCGCCCAAAGUUUCCGACUGCCCAGUGCAGCAUGGGAAUGCAACCAAUGACAUAAACCCGUAUAACAUGAUGCCACCAGCAAAUCAACAGCCAGCUCCUGACCAGCCUUUCCCCUUGCCUGUCCAACGCCAAGUGUCAUCUAUUCCCCGAGCCAUGCCUGAUGGUUCCACAGAGUUCUGGGUGUACCCAAGCCAGCAGAUGUUCUGGAAUGCUAUGUUACGUAAGGGAUGGCGUUGGAAGAAUGAAGACAUAAAACCAAAGGACAUGGAGGAUAUUAUUAAAAUUCAUAAUGCUAAUAAUGAACAGGCUUGGCUAGAAGUGCUGAAAUGGGAAGCACUUCAUGCUAAAGAGUGUGGUCAUCCAAGGCUAAAGAGUUUUGGAGGAAAGGCCACUCAGUACAGUCCUAGGGCUCAAAUUCGCUCAUGGCUUGGGUACGAACUGCCAUUUGACCGUCACGACUGGAUCGUAGACCGGUGCGGCAAGGAAGUCCGCUACGUCAUCGACUAUUACGACGGAGGAGAACUCGACAAAAAAUACCAGUUCGCCCUCCUUGAUGUCAGGCCCGCCUUAGACUCCUUUGAAAAUGCUUGGGACAGAAUGAAAGUUAUGUACAUGAGAUAUCGUUAUGAACUCAUUGGUGACAAAGACUCUUCAACAAAACUAACAAAUUAGAAAGACACUGAUUUUUACUCAUUAUUAUUCACAACAACCACGGGGACAACGCCGUCCUCGAAACGUCGGAGGUAAAUUUAAAACUUAAUUUUACGCGAUUAAGUCCCGUCGUUGUGAAUAAUAAAUUAAUAAAUUAGAAAGCCAAAAUUUAAGAGUAUUACAACUAACUUUAAUGUGUGUUAUAAGGUCCUUAAUUUUGAUCAACUAAAUUUGGAUUUGCCACACUGGAUGCGUUCUGCGGGCAGCGGUCAGGCCAAACUUCAACUUCAAAGGUGCUGUCAAUGUUGUUCAUACAUAAUGCGGGUUUGACCUGACCGCAGAACGCAUCCAGUGUGGCAAAUCCUUAAGUAAACUAAAGUACUGAAUAACUGUUCAAUGGAAUAAUUAAAUUUAUUCAAAAAUAAAUUUAUUGGUAGAAAUAGUGCUUGCCUUUGUGCCGGACAUGAGUUCUAACAUGUUAAAUUAUACUUUAUGUCACUGUAAUCAUAACAGGUAAGGAUUGCAAAAAUAAUUAGAUUAAAAUUAGAGUUGAUUAAAGUUGUGGAGUCUUUCUGUCGACAAGUGUUGUCACUGCUAAAGCUCUUUGUGAUUAAUUGUUUUCUUUAUUUAUUUUAUUGUUAAAUUUGAUCUGUACUAUUAUAUAUUUUUUAACCCC